AUGUUUUAUAAUGAAUAAAAGAGAGUUCGAUAACUUAAAAAUAUUUGCGCUCAAAUCAAAAUUGAAGUUGAUAAAGAAAUUCUUCAUAAAAAUAAGCAUCGCUAAAAAGACAACUUUAUUUUGUAUACAUCUUUGAUUGCUUUGCAAUAUUGCUAUUAACUAUUUGAAAAUAAAUAAAUCAAUCAAAUUAUUAAUUUAAAGAUAUUUUGUGUAUGA